UAGGCGGAGCUGUUUGCUCUAAAGAGGCUUGAUCCACAUCAUCGGCUGUGGAGAAGGUCUUCCGGGUGUAAUUUUUACCCAUGGUAUCUGAAUUAGUUGACUGGGAAUUAUGUGGAUAAGGGUAUAUAGAAAGAAUUAACUGUACUUCUUUAUACUUAAUAAUUGCGGAAGAUUAUUACAAAACGUGGAUAACAGGUCUACGGUAUUAAUUUCCUGCCAGAAGGAUGUUUUAAGUGUCGUUGUACAGUGUGAUUUUUUUCUACUUUUAUUGAUGAGCGUUAACCAAAUGAACAUUAAGCAGUUACGUUCUUACAGAGAUGUUUCGCACUUCUGUUCUUUAUAAACAGUUGAAGUUCCUGAUGCGCAACAUUCGUUUGUUCCUUUGAAUCAACUUUUUUGGUGGACUGCCAGGGGGUCCAGCUUUAAGUUCAUGCGAAUGGGUAUCUUCAAUGCGUGUGCGAAGACUUUGCCGUAGGAUUGCAUAUAUACAGUGGUGUGCUGACUGUCAUGUUUCUAUGAAACUCGAAGACUGCUGCAGUCUUUUUGUUGCUUUUAUAAACUGCUCGGGUUCCGAUUUCGGGUAGGGCCUCCAACAUGGGUACCUUUUUCCGUAGUGAGGAGAUGUGCCUGGCGCAGCUGUUCCUGCAGUCGGGUGCUGCUUAUGAGUGCGUCAGUGAAAUGGGGGAGAUGGGCAUCGUAGAGUUCCGAGAUCUCAAUCAAAAUGUAAAUGUCUUCCAGAGAAAAUAUGUUAAUGAAAUAAAAAAAAGUGAAGAAAUGGAACGAAUCCUAGGGUACUUAUUAGGAGAAAUUAAAAAAACAGAUAUUCCUGUUCCAGAAGGGGAGGUGAACCCUGUAGCUCCACUUCCUAAGCACGUUUUAGCAAUACAGGAACAGCUACAGAAGCUAGAGAUGGAGAUGAAAGAAAUAACUAAAAACCAAGAAAAACUCAAGAGGAAUCUCUUGGAAUUAACGCAAUAUACCUAUAUGUUAAGGAUCACACAGAAGUUUGUCCAUAGGAAUGCAGAGUUUGAACCAUAUUCACACUUACACUAUGAAGAAUUUCCUUCUCUGGAAAAAGAACCAUUGAUGGAGCAGAGGAGUAUGCUGAGGCUUGGUGCAAAGCUUGGAUUUAUAUCUGGAUUAAUUCAUAGAGUGAAAAUUGAAGCCUUUGAAAGAAUGCUCUGGAGAGCAUGCAAGGGUUAUACUAUUCUUAGUUACUCUGAGAUCGAUGAAACUCUAGAAGACCCAGACACUGGUGAAAAAACGUCGUGGGUUGUCUUUUUAGUAUCCUUCUGGGGAGAACAAAUCGGCCAGAAGGUGAAGAAGAUAUGUGAUUGUUACCACUGCCAUACAUACCCGUAUCCUGGCAGUAACGAGGAGCGCAGACAGACUAUUGAAGAGCUGAACAAUCGCAUUCAGGACCUCCAUACUGUGCUGAUUAGAACAGAAGAUUACUUGCGACUGGUGUUGUGCAAUGCAUCGGAAUCUAUCUAUACCUGGGUUAUACAGGUGAAAAAGAUGAAAGCCAUUUAUCACAUACUUAACAUGUGCAGUUUUGAUGUCACCAAUAAGUGCCUUAUUGCUGAGGUCUGGUGUCCUGUAGCAGAUUUACCUUUACUUCGACGAUCACUUGAGGAUGGUUCGCGCAAAAGUGGAUCUACUGUUCCUUCAUUCAUGAAUCGAUUACCAACGUCAGAAACCCCUCCAACCUUAAUACGAACCAAUAAAUUUACCUCUGGUUUUCAGAACAUUGUGAAUGCUUAUGGAAUUGCAAGUUACAGAGAAGUUAAUCCAGCUCCAUAUACUGUCAUCACAUUUCCUUUCCUCUUUGCUGUGAUGUUUGGAGAUUGUGGCCAUGGCCUGAUAAUGUCUCUCUUUGCUGUUUGGAUGGUACUGAGUGAAAACAAUCCAAAUCGAAGGCAGUCACGAAACGAGUUUAUGAAUGUAUUUUUUGAAGGCCGUUACCUCAUUCUGUUAAUGGGAUUGUUUUCAGUGUAUACUGGUCUCAUCUACAAUGAUUGUUUCUCAAAAUCUUUAAACUUGUUUGGCUCUGGAUGGAAUGUGUCUGCAAUGUUUACUGGUACUUGGACGAAAGGUGAUAUUACUGGUCAUCACUACCUCUCUUUGGAUCCAGUUGCUAAUGGUGUCUUCUUGGGGCCUUAUCCUUUUGGCAUAGACCCGAUUUGGAACUUGGCGAACAACCGUCUUAGUUUUCUGAAUUCCUACAAAAUGAAAAUGUCAGUCAUCCUUGGAAUUAUCCACAUGACGUUUGGAGUUGUUCUUGGAGUCUUCAAUCAUCUACACUUCAAGAAGAAGAUCAACAUUUACCUGAUUUUUGUUCCAGAGAUACUGUUUAUGGUAUCUCUCUUUGGAUAUCUCGUCUUUAUGAUUUUCUUCAAGUGGCUGGCUUACUCCGCUGAAACUUCUAAAGAUGCCCCUAGCAUCCUGAUCCAUUUUAUUAACAUGUUCCUUUUCCAGAAUAAUGGUGAGCAGCCUCUCUACACAGGACAGGUAGCACUGCAAGUGUUCCUGGUUAUCGUUGCUGUAAUUUCUGUUCCUGUAAUGUUGUUGGGAAAACCACUUUACCUCUACUGGCAAAGCAAAGGCAGCAGAACCUUUGGUCCAUACAGAAAAGGAUACCAGAUGGUCAGGAGAGGAAGUGAAGAGGAGCUAUCGCUAUUAACAGAUUAUGAUAUGGAGGACGGAGGAAACCGUGGCCACAUGGGAGAUGGUCACAGAGACUGGGAAGCAAAAGAGUUUGACUUUGGAGAUGUUUUUAUGCAUCAAGCUAUACACACUAUUGAAUAUUGUCUUGGCUGCAUAUCUAACACUGCAUCAUACUUGCGACUGUGGGCACUAAGUCUUGCGCAUGCACAGUUGUCAGAAGUACUUUGGCAAAUGGUGAUGCAAGUGGGCCUUCAUGUCGAUACUAAAGUUGGUGUAUUGUUAUUGGUGCCAGUCUUUGGCUUAUUUGCCAUAUUAACUAUAUUUAUUCUUCUGGUCAUGGAAGGGCUCUCUGCUUUUCUUCAUGCCCUACGACUACACUGGGUCGAGUUUCAGAACAAAUUCUAUUUGGGCACAGGAUACAAAUUUACACCGUUCUCUUUCAAGCUUCUGCAUCUCAACUUUGACAAAGAUGACAUUGUGUAGCAGAGCUAUAUCAGAAUUAUAUGCCAAGUCUUACAGCCUGCUUAUAAAAUGGGCAUGUAGCACAUAACUACAGCAUUGUGCAUCUUAACUUGAUAGUUGGUGUGUGAAACUUGCACUAAUAUGCCUUAUCUAAAACAUCCAAAUAGUUCUGUAAUAUAGUCUGUGUAUUUUCACUGUAUAAAGAUGCUGUAGAUUUUCAUGUUAAAAACAGUGUUUAACUUUUUCUAGGAGACUUCACUGUAAAUAUUAUGUAGUAUUUUAAUUUAAGUGAUCUGAAAUGUGAAAUGUUUUGGGUGUGAAUUAACUGUUAAGCAACAGCACUUCAGUCAAAAAAAUUCAACUGGUGAAAGACUUGUGACCUGUUCCCUACCCCACUGUGUCCACCCUUGCAGGCAUUCACACAUACCUGUGUCCAUGAAACUUUGAUCUUUAGAGGCUUUUUUUCCUCCUGCUCAUUUAUUCAUUCUCUAGUGCUUGUAUUUUCUUCCAGUCUUGUGUCAUGGAUGAGUUGGAGCUUAUCCAAGAAUUCAGUGUGUGCAAGGCAGAGAAACUGGUUUUGGUUAGGCUGCCAGCCCACUGUAGGAUGCAUUCACACACUGCAUGCAUACCUUUAUGCAAUUUGGAGGAUUGUUUUUUCACCCACUACAUCAUUGAGAUGUGAGAGGAAACCAGGAGACAUUGCAAAUAUUCAAGGGGAUAUAAUGAGGACAUCCAGGUUCCAUAUAAGAUGCACCCCAGCCAAGAGCCAAACUGGUUAACCAGACUGUCUGAGGUAGCAGUGCACCUGCAGCACUUAAAGUAUGUGUAAAUUUGUAAUUUAUUCAGCAAACCACUGUAUUUUCUAUACACCAGUUAUGUAAUCCAUAUAGCUUUCAGUUUUUGUGUAGUUUACUGUAAUGGGAAAAUCGCACAUUUCCCUUGAAAGAUGCAUUCCUUUUAACUUUGUGAUUUAUAGGUAGGGAAGUAUAAUGAAGAAUUACUAUUUGUGAUGAAGAAUUGUAUGACACAGCCACUGAAUUGCAUGACAGUCUAAUUCAUACUUGCACAGCUGCUGCCAUAUCUCACAGUAACUCAUUACAUCAGGUGCUACUUUCCAGUUUAAGCUUGCAGAUCAGCUUUUUCUUUGUGGCUAGAUUGGAGCAGGUGAACUGAAGCACAAGUAUCACAGUCCCAUUGUAGUGGACUGGGCUGUAAAAGUGCUUUUGUACCAGAGUUAUUUUUGCUGAGUAAGCUAUCAUAAAAUGUUUUAAGUAAAUUAUUUUGAAAUAAGUAAUUUUGUCUGAUAUUAUAGCAGUUUUGAAAAGGUGGCAAACAUUUAUUUUCAUAACAAAGUCAAACUUUUUUUUUCAGAAGAUCUGAUGCAAAUUCCUCAAUAUGAAAAAUUGUGUGUGUAAAGAAUAGAAUAUAGAAAGUGCGCAUUGUAUUUGCCAAGAGUAACAUAAUUUGAUCAUAACUGUUUUCAUGUUUGAAUGCAUUUGUUAAUAAUGAGUUCAUUUUAUAACAUGAUUUUGUUUGCAGAAUG